CCCGUUGCAUUGUUGUCCAAUUUUCUUUUUGCUUGAUAUAUAUUGCCGCCCAACUUCUUCAUUCCAACUCCUAAAGGCCGCCCAAUUUUCGUUUAGAUUGAUCUAUAUUGCCUCCCAAUUUUCAUUUGGAUUAAUCUAUAUUGCCGCCAAAAAAUGUUAAGACAAGAAAAAUAGUUUUCCUUCUUUGUUUUUAGAGUGAGUUUAGUUUGGUUGGCUUGCCUAGUGCACUAUACCAACAACUAACCACCUCUCCAUUUUUUAUGUGGUUGACAUGCCUUAUUAGGAGAUCCCCCUCACGAUCUCUCUUAGACGAGGAGCUGAAGCAGAGCGUGUUCUGUUGAUGGAGUUGUUAUCUUUGUUGCCAUCAAAUUGGAUAUCCAUGGGACUGGCACGAUUGGUUUGGCCAUUAGAGUCGUCCUCUGUCUUUUUGGUUCAUUCUUUCACAACUAAUCUUAUUAAUGGUGCAUUUGGAGGUGAUGUCUUUUACCCUUCCAAGUUGGUUUGAAUUUCUUCAAUUCCCUCCAAGAUCUGUUGUUUCAUCUGGAUGACAUCCCUCUCGAAGAUCUCUACCAUCGACAACCUGAGGAAGAGAUGUAUGAUUCUUACCAACUGGUGCUAUCUAUCCAAAUGUCAAGAGGAGUCUGUCUCACAUCUCUUGUUCUCAUGCUCUUUUUCGGCCACAAUUUGGAUAAAAUUGACAAAGAUGUUUCAGUUUCAUGGCCCGUUUCCAGCUUAUAUCAGUUGUUUUCUCUCAGCUUGGAGAGGCUUGUGGUGUGAUCCAAAACUUAAGGAUUUUGCCAAGUUCUUACCACAUGCAAUUUUUUGGUCCAUUUGGAAUGAGCGAAACAAUAGGAUUUUUUUGUGACUUUGAAGCUUUACACUCCGAGGUUUGCAAUAAGAUUGUUUAGAUGGUUGGUAGAUGGUUGCAGGCUUUCGGACUAAUCUCUGAUGACUAUUUUCAGCAGUGGCUGAGGAUUGGGGCAUGCUGAGUAAAUAUCUGUGAUUUUUUUUUUGUUUUUAAUAUUUACCCCCUCCUUUUCAGAACUUUCUUCACUUUUGUCAUAGGUAGGUUUUGACUUUGUUGGGUGAAUAUGUUUUUUCUUUUCUAUUGUUGUAGCACGUUCUCAUCUACCUCUUUUUUUAUUUUCUUUUUUGGUGGCCUUGUCUGUAACAUCCCGAACCUUUUCCAGAGCAAGAUAUUGUCGGCUUUGAGCCUCCACCCUCACGGUUUUUGCAUUGGGGUUGCAAUUCAAGGUGACUUCCCAUAAUGUCACCCAUUCUUUUUGUACUCCACACUGAGCACGUUUAACUUUGGAGUUUUUGCAAGAACUCCUCCAUUUCACCCCAAAAUGCGUCUUGUCAGUUAAGGUCGGUUUCUUACUUAUGAACCAUGGAUCUCACCCGUGAUUUGUCGAUGUGGGAUUUGCCUAAAGUGUUACAUACACCCCCCCCCCCCCCCCCCGGGACUCAACGCCCUCGUUGAGGUUUGCCCCACCAUCGUUCAAGAGGGACGCGGAGAGGCUCUGAUACCAUUUGUAACAUCCCAAACCUUUUCCUGAGCAAGAUAUUGUCCGCUUUGGGCCUCCACCCUCACGGUUUUUGCCUUGGGGUGCAAUUCAAGGUGACUUCCAAUAAUGUCACCCAUCCUUGUUGUACUCCACACUGAGCACUUUUAACUUUGGAGUUCUCGCAAGAACUCCUCCAUUUCACCCCAAAACGCGUCUUGUCAGUUAAGGCCGGUUUCUUACUUAUGAACCAUGGAUCUCACCCGUGAUUUGUCGAUGUGGGAUUUGCCUAAAGUGUUACAUACACCCCCCCUGGACUCAACGCCCUCGUUGAGGUUUGCCCCACCAUCGUUCAAAAGGGAUGCGGAGAGGCUCUGAUACCAUUUGUAACAUCCCAAACCUUUUCCUGAGCAAGAUAUUGUCCGCUUUGGGCCUCCACCCUCACAGUUUUUGCCUUGGGGUGCAAUUCAAGGUGACUUCCCAUAAUGUCACCCAUCCUUGUUUUACUCCAUACUAUGCACGUUUAACUUCGGAGUUCUCGCAAGAACUCCUCCAUUUCACCCCAAAACGCGUCUUGUCAGUUAAGGCCGGUUUAUUAGUUAUGAACCAUGGAUCUCUCCCGUGCUUUGUCGAUGUGGGAUUUGCCUAAAGUGUUACAUAGUCUCUGUUUUAUUUUCAUGUUUUUCUUAUUUUUGAUUUGGUAAUACUAUUGAGUCUCAUCAUUCAUAAAAAACAACUAACCACCUCUCUAACAAUAGCCUGAUUGUUUGCUUCAGCCAACAUCAUCACCGACUCAGUAGUUUAGUGUUAUAUGUAUUGUUAUAAGUUGUCAGGGUCUUUUUUUUAACAAAAGAUAAUCUUAUAUUGAUUGAGAGAAAUAGACAGUUACACCCUGGAAUUCAGCCAGGCCUGAUAAUCAAAAUGACUUGUAGUCGGGUACAAAGAAAGGGCUUUCCAAGCCACCAAAUGAGCUACCCUAUUGCGACGCCGACCUACAAAUCGUACACUAAAACCCAUGUUCAUGUCAAACAGCUGGACAACCUCCUCAAGAAUCGAUCCCACACGAUUAUCCCUAACAUCCCGCCGAAGAAUCUUCUCAAUGAUCACCUGGGCAUUCCAUUAAAGCCGCUAGCCGAGCACCAUACGGCUGCCUCUCGAAGAACAAGCGCCUCACUCACCAUAGGGUCAUCAAUCACAGGGAGCUGAUUCCCCUUGACUAAGAGGACCGCUCUAUCCGGGCUCAUGAUAACCAUCCCCCCUGCUGAAUGGGACGGGAUUUUUCCAAAAGUAGCACUGUUUAAAAAAAAAUUCCAAAAAAGCACCCAACUCCGAAAAAUUCCAAAAAUAGCACCCUUUCUGCAAAACAACCACCCGUACCAGGGGUUUAGGCGAAAACCGCCACCCGGGGGCGCGUUUUUUGAUGAAAACCGCACUGGUAGGGGGCGGUUUUACAGACCGCACCCCCACCAUGCGGUCUGUUUUUUUUUUAAAAAUCCUAACCUGGGUGAAAACUUCAAACGAACGUCGCAAAUUUUUUUUUGAUUCCGCAUAACCUUUUGAGAUCUUGCAAGCCGAUGACUGCCGAAGGUGGUUUGGUCCCGCCUUCGUCCCAAAAGAUGUCGUUUGCUACCCCGAACGAGCUUUUUUCCAAUUUCGUCAAACUUUGGACAACCAUAACUUUGUGCUCCAAAAUCCAAACGGGUAGCGGUUUUUCGCCUAAACCGCUGGUACGGGUGGCGGUUUUUCAAAAAGGGUGCUAUUUUUUGAAUUUUUCAGAGUUGGGUGCUAUUUUUGAAUUUUUUUUAAACAGUGCUACUUUUUGAAAAAUCCCGAAUGGGCCCGUUUCGUACAGCCACAUCCCACAUACAAACCGCCACAUUUGAUCCAACUGGAUCUAAGGGAGGAGUAGUCGAACACGGGAGUUGGGAGAUCUGGGUCGCCGGAAGGCCAUUCCAUUCCUGAACUUGUUGAUUCAGCUGACGCAUCAAGGCAGGGAUCCGAAACUGUUUGGCUUCUAAGAUAACCCCACUUACGAGAUCGCCAUAUCUGCCAUACAACGGCAACCACCAACAUCAAUGAUGAUGGCUGGUGAAGCAGCGCCAACAACAUCUUCAGAAAGAGCGAGAAGGUAUGACGAGGCAAUCCUUCUCCCAGGUGGGCAAGCCCAGAAUGAUCCAAAAGGGCCCGAGCAACCAGACAAUCUAGAAAAAAAUGUUCCAGAGUCUCCGAAGCUACCCAACAUACUGGACAACAAGGCAUGACAUCAACCUUUUUUUCAAUCAGGGCAUCCGUAGCAAGCAAAUUCUAUGAAAGAUCUGCCAGACAAACACGCCAUAACUUUGAAGGGAAUUACUUUGUUGGAUACCUCCCGUAUGAGAAGGCUGUGGCAAUAUUUGAAUUUGUUACGGUUGAAGCUCUCAAUUUUCUCAAAUUUAGCAACCACAAUAUAAUGUAGCUUCCGCAAUAUGGUAAUUGCACUUUUUUUCUCACCAAAUUUAUCUAUAUUUUCCAUUUUCCAUUCCCCGUUCUGUCCUUUUGUGUGAUCUGAUAUUGAAGGAAGAAGUUGUUUCCUCCUUAGGGGAACUAAUAUUAUCCCUUUAUCUAGCUUAUGCCGUAAGUUUCAUUCAGACAACUACUAGUUUUAUCUCCCAUAAACUUAUCUUGGAUAGUUUGUUUAAACGUUUAUUUCUAAUUUUACAAUGCUUUAAAGCAUUGGUGCUUUAUGUUUUUUUACCUUUAUGAUACAACUUGAAGUUUCACCUUUAAGGUUAUGGUACAACUUUAGCUUGUACCUAUACUCUUUUAUAAAAUCCCUUUAUGGUACAAAUUAAAGUUGUACAUUUAAGUUAUGGUACAACUUGAAGAGCUGAAGUUGUACCACAACAUAAAGAUCAAAUUUCCUU